CUUCCAUUACCCUUCGUCUCUUCGUCUCCAAAAGAAAAGAAAUUAAAGAAAAAAAAAUUAAAUUAAAAAAAAAAAGACCAAAAAGAUAAGGCCUGGUUUCACUUCUCCCGUUGAGAACUAUCUAUGGGAAAGUUUCCGGAUUUGGUUCUCAGAUCGAAGUAUUUGAUUUGAGUUUUUGGAGAAAUUCGAAGCAAGAUUUGAAGGCUUUGAAGGAUUUGGGGAUCUGAGAAGGAGGAGGAGAAGAAGAAGAGGAGGAGGAGGUACCUGAGAUGGAUCCAGAGGAGGUUAAGGCGGUGAUGAGAAGCCACGGUGUUGAUCUAUGGGCGUUGAUUGAAUCGGUGAUCACUGUGGCGGUGAGAGAUCACGGCAGUGAGCUCCGGUCACGGAGGGACUCCAUCGUCGCGCUGCUCUACUCAUCGGAGCCGGCCACGCGUUGCCGUAACUGCGGCCAAGGCGGUGGUGAUGAACAAGGGUUCGAUUCCCGGGAAAACGAGGGCAAAGAGGUUGCCAGCCCUGAUGGGAAACGAUCCGUCUCCUCUUCUCCGCCGCGUUCCGAGCCGGAGGAGUUCGAUGAUGAAGAGGAUGAUGAUGAGCAACGCCGGAUCCUCGCCAUCAAAGAUCGCAUCGAUGAUCCCGAUCAGCCGGAAGAGAAGCUGGUGAUGCUACUGCAAAAUCUAUUGGACAUGGAUAUCACCUUCAAAGCUCUCAAGGAAACGGACGUCGGAAGGCAUGUGAAUGGGUUGAGAAAGCAUCCUUCCGGCGAAGUCCGGAGACUAGUGAAACUACUCGUAAGGAAAUGGAAGGAACUGGUGGACGAGUGGGUGAAGUCGAGUUCCGAUGGCGCACUUCCGGCGAUCAUAACUGAUGGAGAUUCUCCUCCGCAACUUGUGUCUGGGAAAACUAGUCAAAAUGGGCACCAGGUGUUGGAUUUUGGGUUCUCUCCAAAUCCUCACAAUGGUGGGUUGGGUGUGGAGAUGGAAUCAAGAGGGAAAGUUAUUCCGCGAAAAGAAGUGCCGCCGCCAAAGAAUAGCCAAAUCUCGGCCUCAUCUAUUAUUACGCCACCUGCUGGAAUUAAGGAAAACAUGAUAGAUCCUGAAAGGCUUGCAUCAGCGAGGAAAAGAUUACACGAGAACUACCAAGAAGCUCAAAAUGCCAAGAAGCAAAGGACAAUACAAGUGAUGGACAUCCAUGAAAUCCCCAAACCGAAGAAUUCGUUCAUCUCGCGGAACAAAGGUGGGCCCCAGGGGAAACAUCGGUGACGUGGAAAAAGCAAGCUUGAAAAUUAUUUAUUUUCUUUUUUUUUCCUCUCUUAGUUAUCGGAAUUGAAAUGUUAUUUUCUUCUCUGAAUUAUUGUUGGAAUUCCAAAGAGAAAAAGAAAAAAAAAA